AUGGCAAUUGAGCUAGGACUAUCAAGAAUUUCGAAAUUACUCCAACACCUUGGGAAUCCUCAGAACAAGAUAAACGUACUGCGUAUCGCUGGGACGAACGGAAAAGGUUCGGUGUGUUCUUUGUUGCAGUCAGUCCUUCAAACAAAUGCAAACUACCAGGUAGGCAAAUUCACAUCUCCUCACUUAGUGCAUAUUACAGAUUGUAUCACUGUCAAUGGAAAAUCUAUAACAGUCAAGGACUACAACGGAAUCAGAAGUCGUCUUCAAGAGGUAAACGAAACGCAUAAGCUUGGCUGUACCGAGUUUGAAGUUUUGACUUGUACGGCUUUUGAAUAUUUCCAAAUCAAAAAGUGCAAUUGGUGGGUCCUAGAAGUUGGUCUUGGGGGCCGCUUGGACGCCACAAAUUGUUCUUUGGGUGCUAAUAAAAUUUGUGGAAUUACCAAGAUUGGCAUGGACCACCAAGGUUUUUUGGGAAAUACGCUGGAGCAGAUAGGUACCGAAAAAGCUGGAAUUAUUGUUCCAGGCGUCCAAUUUGUGGCCGUUGAUGGUACAAAUGAUCCUAAAGUGCUGGAUGUCAUCAAGAAGCGGACGGACAUCGUGCAUGCAACAUCAUCUUUGACUAACUCAAUAGUAUCCGAUAAUGUUAUAAAAACUAAAUCGUGGGGCAACAUAGAUCGAGAUAUUGUUCCUUUGAAUGGAGACUAUCAGAUGUCAAACAUUGCGGUGGCUCUCUCGUUGCUAGACUAUCUUCAGGGCGAGAGAAAAGCCUCGAUUUCCCUCCAACAACUCAAAGACGGUCUACAAAAUGUACGGUGGCCAGGAAGAUUACAAAACGUACUAUACUACACAGAGGGCAAGCAUGAACCUUUGAAGUUAUUGAUAGAUGGCGCACAUAAUGGUGAUGCUGCCAUAGCCCUGUCGAGGUACAUUGAUCAACAUGUUCGAGAUGAUGAUAAUCCCAUAACUUUUGUGAUUGCAGUAACUCAGGGUAAAACGUUAGAACCUCUGCUUUCACCUUUGAUUAAACCACAAGACCGGGUCAUUGUUACAAGGUUUGGACCGGUGGAAGGAAUGCCGUGGAUUACAGCCAUGACUACGUCCGAUUUGAUUUCGCAUGUUUCCAAGUAUACUAAAAACGUCUCUUCUCAACCCAGCGUUCAAAAGGCGAUCGAUCAAGCCUCUGAGAGUUGCUCAAACCCCACAGUAUUGUGCGGUUCCUUGUACCUCUGCGGUGAACUUCUCCGUACCAAAAACGUUAAUUCAUAA